AUGUUUUCAAUAUUCAAAUAUUGUGCAAUAGACUAUUUAUAUGAGAAUGUAAUUAGAAAGAAGUUUUGCAGAGAUGCUUUAGUGCUUCGAAUCCCUUCAUGUUUGUAUCAAGAUGGAAGUUAUCAUGCACAAGUUAUUGAUAAUAAAUUUAGGAGGCCAUGGACAAGAGUGUCAGCUGUUUCAGUUUGGGGAAUGACAGACAGCUCAGUCCUGGAUCAAUGGAAAGCCAGCCUCAAUUUGGAGGACUUCCUUGAGAAGAAAACAGUCACAGGAACGGUGACUCAGAUUAACUGUGAAUUUGAAGAAAUUGUUCCAAGUUCAAACCCAAACUCCCAAAUUGAAUUCGAGGAAGCCAGCUUACAAGCUCAUAAGGACUACAGUGAAGUCUUUAUGCCUAUUAGCUGUUCAGAAAAAUGGCCAGCAUUUCAAGCACAGAACCGAGAUUUGUUUAUUGAUCAUGAAGAUAUACUUUUUGCAAGUAAUUCGAUGAUCUGUAAAAGUCAUCUACCAACAUUGCAUACUCUGUUGAGUAGACUAAAACUGUUUUUGCUGGAAGACCCCCUUUUAGACUUCAAAGAGCAGAUCUUCACAGAAGUUAAUUUUUUCAGGGAAUGUUUCUCUUUUCAAGGAGAUUUGAAAGAUCUUAUGACAGAAGAUUUUUACAUGGAUAAAGAGAACUUUUGUCAGGAGAAGCUAGAAGAUAUAGUAGGUUUAAAUGAAACUCUAUUACUUUUACCUGAAUGUGAAUUUAUAGCUUCAACCUUCAAACAAGAAGUUAAUAUUCCAUCACUUUUAGAACUGAAGGAGUCAUUAAACUUAAUGCCAGAAAUAAUAAAUUUUGAAGAUGAAAAUGAAAACCUUUUCAAAAGAGAUGUUAUUACCAAGCAUGGAAUUGACAUUGAGGAUAUGAAAUGCAGCUCCACAGAAAUUUUGGCCAUUCAAAGCCAAUACGAACCAGAGAGAAAUAAACCAGAAGAAUUAGAAAUGCCAUUAUCUCCUCUACACCUAACAAACCAACAUUCUUCUGUGAAUUCAUUAUGUACAGAACUUCAGACAUUUCCAUUUUCUCCCGUUUGUAAAAUUGCCAAGAAUGAAGAGUCCAACAAUCUAUAUUCAGUUACAGAUUUGAAAAAGAUAUUUUCAAUUGAAGAAAAAAGUCUUGGGGUUACUCCCAUAAGCCCAGAGUGGUGGAAACAAGCAGGACUAAAUCUGAGAGUGACAGGAACUCUGGAACAUCUGACUACAUAUUUCUGUCAUCAUGAUUUAUCUUCUGAUGAUACUAAAAUGAAUAUAUUUUUGCCUAUAAAAGUGGUUCAAUUGGAAACAUGGCUAGAUCAUGAAAGUUGUUCCUCAUCUAAUGCAUUUAUUGAUGAGGAUUCUACAAGUAAUAAUUUAGCAUUGCUACAGAAAAGUCCAUCUCUGGCAAAAGAAGUACCAGACCUAUGUUUUUCUGAUGAAUAUAUCUCUGCUAAAAGUCCAACAAAAGAAGAAAAACCAAAGGAUGAUCAAGAACUAGUUUAUAGAAUAAUCCAAAAUAAAGAAAAUAAAGGUUGCUUGGAACCUGAUUGCACAAUACUAUCCAUUGGAUCACCUUCUUCAAAAAUUGUAAAAGCUUCUUUUAAACGUGGUAAAAAACGGGAAAAUGACUUGGACCUUUUGAACGACUUUAUUAUGAUGCGAAAUAAACAUAAAACUUGCAUCUCAAACACUGAAGACACAGAUAGUGAUGAAAAAGAUGAUAAAGAAGAAGAUUCUUUGACUCUUCAAGAAGAAAGUCCUAUUGUUUGUACUAAUAAAACUCUAGAGAAAAUAAAUCAGGCAAGAGGAACAGAUAAUGUCAUUGAGGUUCAAGCAUCAGAGAGCCAGUGCCAAGCAUACUGUCUCCUAGAAGCAGCAGCUACUCCUAUCUUAAAAAAACUUGGAUGCCUCUGUCCUCUCCCUGUUGCUAAUUGGAAAUUUGCCACUGUUAUUUUUGACCAAACAAGAUUCCUCUUAAAGGAACAAGAAAAAUUAGUAAGUGAUGCUACUCAUCAAGGUACAGAUGAUGAAAGAGAAAUGGCAUUCAAGCUUGCAGGCCUCUUACACCUUCUGGUCACAAUUCGCGAUAUCCUUUUAACAUGUAGCUUGGACACAGCAUUGGGAUAUUUGUCAAAUGCAAAAGAUGAGUACAAAAGCAUUUUAGGUUCCUAUUUGGAUGACAUUUGGAGACAGCUAGAAAUUGUACAGUUUAUUAGGAGGGAAAAGCCUGAAACCAACUACAAAAUACAAGAAUUGCAAUGUCAGAUACUAAAUUGGAUGCAAAGUGAACAGCAAAUUAAGGUGCUGAUUAUAAUACGAAUGGACUCAGAUGGUGAAAAACAUUUACUCAUUGAAAUCCUUAACAAAAUGGAAGGUUUAACAUUGAGUGUCUUACAUUCGAACACAAGAAGAGAUUAUAUGGAAUCUGAAGAUGUUUUAGAUGGUACAAGUUCCUGUGUAGUAGUACAUAAUCAGUAUAUUGGAGCAGACUUCCCCUGGAGUAAUUUCUCAUUUGUGGUGGAAUAUAAUCACGGAGAAAACUCUUGUUGGACUAAACACUGUGAAAAACUGAAUAUUCCAUUCAUGGCCUUUAAAGUGAUUCUUCCAGACACAGUUUUAAAGAGAAGCAACUUGCUGGAUAGUUUUGGUGGUUUUCUUUUGGAUAUUCAGAUUCCAUAUGUGUUUUUUGCAUCUGAAGGACUUCUUAAUACUCCAGAAAUACUUCAGUUGCUCGAAUCCAACUAUAAUAUCACACUAGUGGAGAGAUGCUGCACUGAGUCAUUGAAAUUCUUUGGAGGGACAGAGUGUUAUGUAGUAGUGACAGUUGAUGAACACACUGCCAUAAUUUUGCAGGGCCUAGAAGAACUGAAUUAUGAAAAGGCAUCAGACAACAUCAUUAUGAGACUGAUGGCAUUAUCAUUCCAGUAUAGCUGUUGUUGGAUAAUUUUAUAUGCCAGAAAAACAUUAAAUUCAGAGUACUAUCUUACAGAAAAGACACUUCAUCACCUGGCACUGAUUUAUGCAGCUUUAGUUUCAUUUGGGCUAAAAUCAGAAGAACUGGAUGUAAAGCUUAUAAUUGCCCCUGGAGUAGAAGAGACUGCAUUGACAGUUCGACAAAUUGCUGACCACACUUUAAUGACCUCGAAGAGAGAUCCUCAUGAGUGGCUGGAUAAAUCUUGGCUUGAAGUUUCACCAGCUAAGGAAGAAAUGUAUUUACUUGAUUUUCCAUGUAUUAAUCCAUUGGUGGCUCAGCUCAUGUUAAAUAAAGGACCUUCUCUUCACUGGAUAUUGUUAGCAACUCUUUGUCAACUUCAGGAACUCCUACCUGAAGUUCCAGAAAAAGUGUUAAAGCAUUUUUGUGACAUCACUUCCUUAUUCAAGAUUAGUCCUACUUCUAUAACAACAUCACCUCAAAUUUCAUCACCUCAGGAAAAUAGAAAUCAGACUAGAAACUUCCUUCUUCAGAGUUCAGCUUCUGACUCUUCAGAUUCUGCCAUUCAAGAACAUAAUGAAUAUUGCCAGUACUCAGACUUAGGAGAGACAGUGCAGGAAGACACAAACACCACUUCAAAUUAUAACUCUUCCCUCGUGGAACCAAGGGAAAGAGAAAUGCCAUGCGUUUUACCACCUGUGACUUCUUACACACAGACCGGCUAUUGGAAAGACUCCAGUUGUAACUCUAACAUAGUGCAGAAUAAUCCCUUUCUGAUUAAUAUGGAAUCAAGGAACUCAGCUGGUAACUACUUUCUAAACCAGAAUGAUUCACAGACAGAUGUCUUUUCUUUGGGUCUGACACAAAUAAAUUGUGAAACCAGAAUAUCACCAAUUGACACUCAGAAGAGAGCUGCCCCUAAUUUUAUAAAUUCUCAGCAAAAGGGAACACAUGAAGCAAAAAGACCUAUAAACAAGGAAGUAUCUACCCCUAUCUUUUCAUUAGAAUACUCUCAACCUCCUCCUCCUUGGAACUUUAAGAAAAAUGUAUGGGAACAACAGAAUCACUCUUUCAACUUACAGUAUGGUGCAGAGCAGACUACAUGUGACAAAUGGUACUCUCAGAAAGAUAAUGUAUACUCUGUUCAGCAAAAAUGUCCAUCAGAUGAGUUGGAAGGCUUCAUCUGUGAAAGUUCAAAUGCUGGGACUCAAGAGGCUCUCUGGAAAGAAUUACCAUCUGUUCCUAGUUCGAAUUUAUUUUGUGCUUCUGGUUCUAACAUUAUUCAAAAAGAAUUCAACAAUCUUUAUGUCCAUCAAAGAGGUGGAAUGCGUUUAGGACAGAAAAGGCACGCUGAAUCUUCAUCUAACUCAGAAGACAAGAAAUCAUUAACAGAGUUCCUGUGCUCACAACUACCACAAUUCAAAAAACGACGUCUAGUGUAUGAAAAAAUCCCUGGUAGAGCUGAUGGACAGACUCGUCUGAGGUUUUAUUGA